AUGGAACCGGAUGCGCCACCAGGGCUGGGAAGCCCGGCGAGCCAGGUUGGGCUGGAUGUGAGUGUGUUGCGUGAGCUCCUUCGAAAACAGUCGGAGCUGAUCAGCGCGGCUGGGGCGGAGAACAUGGCGAAACUUCAAAGGAAGUGGGAAGAGUGUCUGGAUCGGGUCGAGACAAAAGUCGCUGCACAAGAUGGGGCUGUUCGACAGCUGUCGAUUCGAUGCUGUAUGCUUGAGGAUAAGUUGCAGCAGUGGAUUGAUGAACGGCAUGGGUUGGAGGCUGAGUCGGAGAUUAAGCUGGGCUUGGUGAAGACAAACAAGAAGAAAAGGCGUGGAAGGCGCAACAGGGCAGCCAUGAGCAAGGAUGCCGAAUGCGAGCAAAUGGUGCUAGUGGACUCGGUUGACGAUGUGUGUGAAACACCCACGGACAUGGAUGUGGCCAUGGACCAGAUGCUGGUUGGCAGUAGUAGUGCUGUGCUGGAACCUGGUGAGCAGGAUCGGACUAGCAGUGCUGAUGUUCCUGACGACUUGGAUGGCACGCGCUGGAGCUCAAAUGACGAAAGGUACUGGUGGAAAGACACAGUGGAUGAACAAGAAGCCCAGGACCUUUUCAGGGGGCAAGAGUCCCUGGUGGUUUCAUCGUGGGCACUCCGAUCACAACAGCGGGGUGUCAAAAAGACGCAGCGACAAAUACUGGUAUAG